AACAGACCUUAACGCGGUCGCUGACGAACCACUGAGUUAACUCGCUCCUGAGACAAAAAGCUUUCGGUGAAGGCGACAAAAUGGAGGAGACAGAUCGUUCACGCGCUUUCGCCAAAGACGUUAAACGUAUCGUCGUUAAGGUUGGAACAGCUGUUGUAACUGGGAAAGGUGGGAGAUUGGCUCUUGGUCGCUUAGGAGCUCUCUGUGAACAGCUUGCGGAAUUGAACUCGGAUGGAUUUGAGGUGAUUUUGGUUACGUCUGGUGCGGUUGGUCUUGGUCGUCAAAGGCUUCGUUACAGACAGAUGAUCAAUAGCAGUUUUGCGGAUCUACAGAAGCCUCAGAGUGAGCUUGAUGGGAAGGCUUGUGCUGGUGUUGGACAAAGCAGUCUCAUGGCUUAUUAUGAGACUAUGUUCGACCAGCUGGAUGUGACGGCUGCUCAGCUUCUGGUGAAUGACAGCAGUUUCAGAGACAAGGAUUUCAGGAAGCAACUUAGUGAAACUGUACAGUCAAUGCUUGAUUUGAGUGUUAUUCCAAUUUUCAAUGAGAAUGAUGCUAUUAGCACCAGAAGAGCUCCUUAUCAGGAUUCAUCUGGCAUCUUUUGGGAUAACGACAGCUUAGCUGCUCUACUAGCUUUGGAACUGAAAGCUGAUCUUCUGCUUCUUCUGAGUGAUGUGGAAGGUCUUUACACUGGUCCUCCUAGUGAUCCUGACUCUAAGCUGAUCCACACAUUCAUCAAAGAAAAACAUCAAGAUGAGAUUACAUUUGGCGACAAGUCAAGGCUAGGAAGAGGUGGCAUGACUGCAAAAGUGAAAGCUGCGGUGAAUGCAGCUUAUGCUGGGAUCCCUGUCAUCAUUACCAGUGGGUUUUCAACUGAGAACAUAGACAAAGUCCUCAGAGGACUGCGUGUUGGAACCUUGUUUCAUCAAGAUGCUCGUCAAUGGGCACCGGUCACAGACUCUACUGCUCGUGACAUGGCAGUUGCAGCAAGGGAAAGUUCAAGAAAGCUUCAGGUACUGAUUGAUCAUGUCAGAAAAUCUUCUCUCCCUUCGUACAGAUGGCCUAAACUGUUUUGCAAUUUGCUACAGACCUUAUCUUCAGAAGAUAGGAAACAGAUUCUGUAUAAAGUUGCCGAUGCUCUUGAAGCAAAUGAGGAAACAAUCAGAGCUGAGAAUGAAUUAGAUGUAACUGCUGCUCAAGAAGCUGGACUUGAAGAGUCAUUGGUGGCACGCUUAGUUAUGACACCUGCGAAGAUCUCGAGCCUUGCAGCUUCAGUUCGUAAGCUAGCCGAUAUGGAAGAUCCAAUAGGCCGUGUUUUGAAGAAAACUGAGGUGGCAGACGGUCUUGUUUUAGAGAAGACCUCAUCACCAUUAGGCGUACUCCUGAUUGUUUUUGAGUCCCGACCUGAUGCACUUGUCCAGAUAGCUUCACUUGCCAUCCGUAGUGGAAACGGUCUUCUACUGAAGGGUGGAAAAGAGGCCCGGCGGUCAAAUGCUAUCUUACACAAGGUGAUCACUGAUGCAAUUCCAGAGACUGUCGGUGGUAAACUUAUUGGACUUGUGACUUCAAGGGAAGAGAUUCCUGAUUUGCUCAAGCUUGAUGACGUUAUUGACCUUGUGAUCCCAAGAGGCAGCAACAAGCUUGUUUCCCAGAUAAAAAGUACUACAAAAAUCCCUGUGCUAGGUCAUGCAGAUGGAAUCUGUCAUGUAUACGUCGACAAGGCAUGUAAUGUGGAUAUGGCAAAGCGCAUAGUUUCUGAUUCAAAGUUGGAUUACCCAGCAGCCUGCAAUGCUAUGGAAACGCUUCUUGUGCAUAAGGAUCUAGAGCAGAAUGCUGUUCUCAAUGAGCUUAUAUUUGUUCUACAGAACAAUGGAGUCACUUUGUAUGGUGGACCAAGGGCAAGUAAAAUACUGAACAUACCAGAAGCACGGUCGUUCAAUCACGAGUACUGUUCCAAGGCUUGCACCGUUGAAGUUGUAGACGACGUCUAUGCUGCUAUUGAUCACAUUCACGGACAUGGGAGUGCACACACAGACUGCAUUGUGACAGAGGAUCACGAAAUUGCAGAGCUAUUCCUUCGCCAAGUGGACAGUGCUGCUGUGUUCCACAACGCAAGCACAAGAUUCUCGGAUGGUUUUCGAUUUGGACUUGGUGCUGAGGUUGGAAUAAGCACAGGAAGGAUUCAUGCUCGUGGCCCAGUCGGAGUUGAAGGAUUACUUACAACAAGAUGGAUAAUGAGAGGAAAUGGACAAGUUGUGGAUGGAGACAAUGGGAUUGUUUACACUCAUCAAGACAUUCCCAUCCAAAAUUAAAAGUCUUUGUGUGUUUGUGUUGAGACUUGAAGAGAGGAGAGGAGGAGAGGAGAGGAUGUGCUUUUUGUUUCCUCUCUGCCAACAUCAUAUCCUAUUAUUAUUGUUAUCGAAACCCUCCCUUGUGAAGUGGUUUUGAUUUAGGGUUUAGAGUUUGCACCAAAAAUAAAUUUCUGUUUUACCACUUGGUCUUUGCUCAUAAGUAAGAUGAUGAAUGUUUUAUUAGCUUCUCUUCUUUGUCCAACAAAAGAAAAAAAAACUCGUUGUAAGGCUACCUACACCUUUCUUAUUUAUCUGGAAUCUUUGGAUUUUGAGUUUGAAUCUGC